UAAAAACAACAACAAUUUCAAUCUAUUUAAAUUUAUUAAAUCUAUUGAAUUAGAGUGAUUAUAAUAAGAAUAUCUGGUUCUUUUUGUUUUUACAAUAAUUUGGCUCCAAGACGUUUAAAGUUUCUAUUCUCAAAUAGUGCUAAUAGUUGGAUUUUGAGAAUUUAAGUAAGACUGUGAUUUGUGAAAGGAGAAUGAAUGUAUCCGGACAAUCUCAAGAUAGAGCCUAUGUGGCUUUACUUGGCUUAGCAGAGCACUUUCGUACAACAAAAAAUAUUAAGAAAGCUAUUCAAUGUUUGGUAACAUAUGCACAUACCUAGAUUUAAUAUUUCUAUCAAUAAGCCAUUUUUCUAUAUUUCAGGAAGCAUUAUUUGCAUUUAAUCCUCCAAAGAAAGUGGAAUCCAGAACUCAUUUGCAACUUGGACAAUUGCUGUUCACAUACACAACUAAUCAAGAUUUGGCAAAGACACAUAUUGAACAGGCUUGGACGUUAAGUCAGCAAAUUCAAGGAUUCGACGAUAUUCGUUUUGAUGCAGCCCAUACAUUAUCACAACUUUAUCAGCAACAAAACCAGUCUCAUGCUGCAAAAACCAUUUUGCGAAAGGCAAUUGAGAACUCGCAGCAUAACAUAUUCUGGCACUCGAAGCUAUUGUUCCAAAUUGCUAGAAUCCAUGCCAAUGAUAAAGAAUAUAGUUUAGCGUCUGAAUUUCUCUCGAUUGGUGCUGACUGUGCUGAAGAGAAUAACGCUCCAUAUUUAAAGACACAAUUUUUAUUGAAUCGCGCAAUGAUUCUCAUAAUAGAGAGGAAGUCUAGUGAUGUUAAUGGAAUCCUUAAUCAAGCUGCAUCAUGUUUAGAGACUAUUCAAAAUCCACAUUUAAAAGAAUAUUCCAGAGUAUUUCAACUAAUUUUACAAGUAUCAAAUUCACUUCAAUUAGGGCAUGUUAAGUCUGUUAAGGAAAUACUGAAGCAGCUACAGCGUAUUAUUCAGACAAUAAUCAAUACGAAUUGGCCAUCAGAUGAACAGAUUUUUGGUCAACAUCCUACUGAAUGUUUCUUAUGGCUCACAAAAGAGCAAUUGUUUGUAUAUGUUUAUGUCCUAACUGUGUCACAGUCAAUGAUAUCAGGAUUUUUAGAAAAGACUCAGAAAUAUACAGAAAAAGCAUUGACUCAAAUUGAGAAACUAAAGGCACAGGAAAAUAAACCAAUACUUGCAAUGUUUCAAGUUACUUUACUUGAGCAUAUUGCUUUAUGUAGACUGAUAAUGGGAAAUAGAACAUCAGCAUUGAAGGAGAUAUCAUCAGCAAAAGACAUUUGUCUAUCAUUGCCUGAUAAAUCUUUACUAAAAUCACAUUCAUCACAAUUGCACUGUCUUUUGGGGUUAUAUGGAAUGUCAGUUAAUUGUUAUGAUCGUGCUGAAAUACAGUUAUGCACGGCAAUUCAAGAAACAAAUAAUCGUGUGUUGAAACUAUUCAGCAACUUGAAUCUGGCAAUAAUUUUUCUGAGAACUGGUCAAGAAGAGAAACUUCGUAAUGUCUUAAAUCACAUAGCAUCAGAUUAUACUCAAAACUUUACGAAUCAAGCUUUACUUGGCAGUUAUUAUUGGGUUCAAGGCUUAAAUUCAUAUUAUAAAGGAAGCUUCCAUGAAGCCAAACGUUUCCUUCGCGAAUCUCUAAAAAUGGGAAAUGCUGAAGAUUUGAAUCGAUUGACUUCUUGUUCCUUAGUUUUAUUGAGUCAAGUAUUUCUAAGUAUUGGAAACUCGAAAGAAGCAAUGAACAUGGUUGUUCCUGCAUUACAACUAGCAUCGAAAAUUCCCGAUAUAAAUGUUCAACUAUGGGGAAGCUCAAUACAAAGACAGCUUUACAAAAUGCUUGCAGAUAUUAAUUUAGAGCGUGAAGCUUACAUUCAGCAUCAACAAUAUUCACAAACGUUAAUCAAUGAUCAAUAUGAGUGCGUUAAAAUGCCGGAACAUAAUCUAAUGGAUUGGAUAUCAAACGAUGCUUUAGUUCCAGUAAAUGCUGAUGCUUUAGUCCCUUCCACAUCUGCUUUUAAUAAUUAUCCAGCAGACAAUUGAAUUCUAUUUGUACCUUAUUUGUAAAUUAAAAGGUAUGAUUUGUGUAUCUCAAUAUUAGUUUUAAGGUUGACUACACUAUGUUUGAAAUGAUUUUUGUACCUAUUGUCUACAUGCAUUUAAAUAAAUUC